AAAUGAAUAAUACAAACAAAUAACGGGAUUAGUGGAUUUUGUUAAUAUCGAUUUUCUUCAAACAUGUCGACUAAUAAUAAUUCACGGCCAAUCAUUUAUAUUAGAACAUUCGAUGACUACGGUAUCAUACGCAAAUGACAUGUACAUGAAUGAUGACAAUGGUGUUGGUGGUGGUGGUGGUGGUCGUUUAACUACAGCUGCAGCUAAACAAUGGAUGAAAAUGUUGGCCGCUUCUAAUCAUCAUCAUAGACAUCGAUUCGAUAUGGAUGGUAACCAUAAAUCAUUGUUUCAAUCGAGAGUAAAUUUAAUUGAUAAUUUAAGUUCACCAACUGGUAAUGGUCAAGAUUUUCUAUCAAUGUUGGAUAGUGGUGGUGGUGGUGGUGGUCCCGUAAGUGAUGAAAGUCAUGGUACUGGAUCAUUUAUUGAUCAACCGGAUAUAUUGAAUACAUCGAAAACAUCAUCAUUACAGGAACAAAUGUCAACAAUAUCAUCAACAUCAUCAUUGUCAACAUUAUCAUCAUCAUGGAUUAUACGUGAUUGUCCACCAUCAUUACAAUUAUUAGUAAAAUUCUAUCGUUGUUUCGGUAUAUCAUUCACUGGUAUUAUAUUUAUUAAUGAUGAUCAUUUUGGAUUACAAAAAACAACAACAAAUCAUACAAUGAUGAUGGGUAAAUCAUCUACAACAAAAAUCUAUUCAAGUUCAAUGUACAAUUAUAAUAACAAUUAUCAUCAAAAUCAUUCAAAAUCACAUCAUCAUCGUCAACUACAGCAACAGCAACAACAACAAUCAAUGAUGAAUAAAAAAUUUCAUGAUAAUGAUGAAGAACGUUUUGGUCUACGAAUGCAACGUUAUUUCUUUAUUGGAUUGAAUAUAACAAUGUUGAUUAUAUUUCUUCUUGUAUUAGGUCGAUUAGUUAAUGAUAAAUAUUUAAAUCGAAUGAAUAAUCGUAAUCAAACACUUGGAAUGAUGAACAGUAAUGAAACGAUUGGAUCCGAAUUGAAUGGCACCGAAUUGAUUGAAAAAUUACCCGAAUUUAAUAAUGAAACAUUGAACAAAUCAACAAAUAUUUGGGAUGAUUUUUUUCAAUCAAUCAAUCUAAGUGAAAGUCAUGAUCAGAUACAUGAAUUGGUACCAAUCAUUUAUCUAUUGAUACGUGGACGUCGACUAAUUAGCCUAUUGGUUAGAAUUCCAUUUAUUGAUCAAUUUGAUCAUUGUAAACGAUUUGCUUAUCGUUCAUUAAUCAUUGCAUUUAUGACAGCAUUAUUCAUCAAUAUAAUUGGUUUCAUUUCAUUUAAUCAAACAUCUAAACAGAUUUUUAUGGACCCGGAUAGUGAUUUUGGUUCACGAUUAUUUACAUUGGUUGCACCAAUAUUCAAUACAUUUCUAUUCGUAUAUUUAUCGGUUAUACCGAUAAUGUUCAUCUAUACAAUGAUGUUAUUUAGAUUUGUUAUUGAAAAAUUAUUGAACACAUACGCUGUGGUUAAUUUGGAUGAAAUAUUGAUGCUAAAAUUGAAGACAAAACUUGGUGAUCUAAAUGAUCAAUUCAAAGAUAUUAUACCGAAAUUUGCAUUACCAUUGACAAUACAUUUUGCAACAAACAUAUUCAUUAUAAUCAGUUCAGCAUGUUAUCUAAUGAUUGAUCUUGGCCCAGAAGGUACAACAAAUACAGCAUUCAUAUUUAGUUUGGGUAUAUUUUCAUUUCUACGUUUAAUUAUUGUUGCUUGUUAUGGUAAUCUGCCUACAAAUAUUUGUCGUGAUCUUAUACGUACUGUAUAUGAAAACCUGGAACAAUGGAGCCUAAAUGAAUGGAUGUGUUUUAUGGAAUUGAAACGAUUACGUAAAGAAUUUACUGUAUCCAUAUUCUCGAUGUAUACAGUACGGCAAUCAUCAAUAUUGGCAAUGUUAGGUUUUGCAUUGAAUUAUAUUGUCAUACUAUUACAAACGGAAAAUUAUCCAUCUGCACAGGUGGACAAUUCCACAUUGGCAUCAAAUAUAACAAACGAUACGGCAUUGAUGAUGAACGAUACAAAUGUGGAUGGAAAUCUAACCAAACAAAUGCUUAUCGAAUCUGAUCAUCAUAGUGAACCGAUAUUCGAUACAAAUCAAUUAUUUGAAUGGUUUAAUUGAAUUUAAUUCUACCACGCCACCACAACUGCUUUAUUUGCACUUUCAUUUUAGAGAGAGAGAAAUUACUUUAAAUAUUCUAGUUAGAUUAUCCACUCACCAUCAUAUAUUGACCUUGACAUUAUGCAAUUAUUCUUGUUAUUAAUGGAAUUAUUCAAUUAAAAUGAUGAAUAUAUCGAUUCA